AUGCGGACGAAUCUGUGCACGUCCAGUCUGUCAUGUGGUGUGUUUUGUGUGGCGUUACAAGUGUCCGGUUUCGACGCAACAAACAUUUCGCACAUUAGCCGUAAGGAGCUGUUUCGUCGUAUCGCUGCAGCUGGUCCUUCUUUCUACUGUCAGGCGCAACCCGGUCAAAGGUUGGAGAAGUGGCCGUUCCCGCGGGGGUAUGAUGCCCCGGCCGAGCCUGCAGAAAUGUUCUGGAGUGAGGAUGUGACGAAACACGACUGGAUACACAUGCUGUCUCCCGUGUGCUUCAUGGACUGCGGGAGAAGUGUCACAGUUGAGACGCUGGAUGAUCAUGUCUCCGAUGAUAGGUUUUUAGGCCAGUUCUGGGGAACUGUGCCGGAGUCCCUUAACUACCGGGGUGACGCGGUGGUGGGCUUUCACCAACGAGCCUUGGACAUAGAGAUUAUGAGGCGCCUCCCGCUGCACCAUCCGUUGUUCCACUCGUUGAGUGAGUCAAUAAGACAAUCUCUUGAGACAGGCCCGGAUACGGUGGAUCGAAGCGCAAUGAACCAAGACGCAACCGGUCACGGCGCAACGGGUCAAGGCACAAUGGAUUGGGUGCACCCAACGCCGAUGCUCCAGUCGUUCAGACAAUCUCUCAAACGGGCCCUCGAAGCAGACAACUUGAAGCAAAACGGAGCAAGAACACGGGGCGGUAGAGGUGCGACGAGUCAAUCCCUCGUGGAGAUGGCGGGUCACAGUGCUAUGGACCAAGAGCCGAUGGACCAAGCGCCGGUGGACCAAGAGCCGAUGGAUCAAGAGCCGAUGGAUCAAGAGCCGACCGAUGAUGCGAAGCCCGGGUACGAAGACGCGGGGGACGAGGAGAUUACCAUGAAAGCACAUGACCUUAAGCGUUUGAUGGCGGAAACAUUUUGUGAACAUUCUCGUGGCUUGCACAAUCUAAUGAAUUACACUUUCUUGCGAGGGCCGAAGGUCCAGGUGUUCAAGCGAUUUGAUGGCAAUAUGGACGGCAAGAUUCCAUUGGGUUGCUUGAAAUGGGCAUUUCAUGUGGCAACAAAGUUGGACUGCAGUAGACUGGUCCUAGCCAAGAAUGGAGACGUGGUGUCUGCCUAUCCCUCCUUGAAGCGUGCUGCAGGAUGGAGGGCCGAGCGGCCGAGCAAGAAGGUUGUUGCUUUUUUGUUUGCGAAAGCGAUCUUAGAAGAUCAUCGAUGCGCAUCAUUGAUCACACCAUCGGUUGCGAAGCGAAGAGAUCUCGGACGUGCAUCGCCACGUACGAAGAAACCGCUAGAACUCCCGUGCUAUUCCGAGCACAUACACGGCUCGCUGAACCGACGUAAAAUUACCUUCGAGGAAUGGGAAAAGGAAGAGAUCGAAACGGUGCCUGAUUCCGCCCUUUGGCACGUAUCCGUUACGUAUCAAGAGUCGAUAGCGAAGGUGCUUGAAGAGCCUUAUGUGUGUCAGGACCACACGGUCGACGAACUUGUCGAGAUGGCUCUGAAGCUCUCGUCCGAGACUAGCGACGUCGUCGUUCCUGUUUCCGACAACGUACGUGAAACUCUUGCUCGCGUGUUCAUCGAUCUCAUCGGGAAAAGAGAGUGCGAUCUACCUCUGGAAACGAGACUAAACACCGGGCCAGGACUGUUUCCUCUACGCCUCCGAAUUCCCCCUUCGUUUGCACCUUCUGAGCGUAUCGCAAAGUACCGAAAGUCAAAGGGUGGGGCCCGCGACCUAUGUUUAUAA